GAGCAUGCACAGAGCAUGGGCUCUCCCACAGUCUACCAGCUUGUGCUCUUCCCUCCCUGUGAGCAUGAGGUCCGCCUUGGUCCGCUUUUUCUGGGCGUCCCUUUGACUCACGAGGAGGGCGGGGAGGAAGGCAGGCAGGCAGGCAGGCUCCCUCCUCCUCCUCCUCCUGGGUCUCCAGAUGCAGCCGGGCGGCGUCCCUUGACAGCUUCCUCCUCCGCCCCAGCCCUGAAGAUGCCUCCGCCGCUCCUCUUGCUGGCCUGGGGGGCUCUGUCUCUCUGCUGCCGGGGGUCUCUCUCCGAGGCCGGGGCAGAGCUCCUCUUCCAGGCGGGGGAGCGAGCCCUGCGGCAGGUCAGCCCUUUCUUCCUCUCGCUCACCAUCGAUGCCAACUUGGCCACGGAUCCCCGGUACAUCGCCUUUCUAGGCUCUGCGAAAUUGCGCACAUUAGCAAGAGGCUUGUCUCCAGGCUUUCUGAGGUUUGGAGGCACAAAAACGGACUUCUUGAUUUUUGAUCCCAAAGAAGAGCCAACGCUGGAGGAGAAGGUUUUCCUGGAUCAGGUAGCUAGACAAGAUGCUGCAGAUGUUUGCAGAUUCAGAUCUCCGCCAUUGGACGUCAUGCAGGUCUUGCAGAGUCAAUGGCCCUUCCAAGCAAUGGUUCUUCUCAGAGACCAAUACAAGAAUAAGUACAGAAACACCACCAUUACACGAAGCACAGUUGAUAUUUUGUACAACUUCGCACACUGUGCUGGUUUGCAUCUAAUCUUUGGACUCAACGCUUUGCUAAGGAAAGGCAGCUCUCAGUGGGACAGCACCAACGCACAGUUAAUUUUGGAUUACACCGAUUCCCAGAAUUACAGCAUGUCCUGGGAACUUGGAAAUGAACCUAACAGCUUCAAGCACAAGUCUGGCAUUUAUAUUGAUGGCUACCAACUAGGGCAGGAUUUCAUACACCUCCGUCAGCUUUUGAACAAUUACAGCCGCUACAGAACUGCCAAACUCUAUGGCCCCGAUGUAGGUCAGCCAAGGAAAAACACUCAGAAGUUGCUGAGGAGAUUCUUGAAAUCAGGAGGGAAAGUAAUAGAUUCUGUUACAUGGCACCACUACUAUUUAAAUGGACGAACUGCUACCCGAGAGGAUUUCAUGAGUCCGGAUGUGCUAGAUACCUUCAUCACAGCUGUACAGGAAGAGCUCCAGCUUGUUGAUGACACGGUGCCAGGGAAGAGUGUGUGGCUGGGAGAAACAAGUUCAGCCUAUGGAGGUGGUGCUCCCCAGCUCUCCAAUACAUAUCUUGCCGGCUUCAUGUGGUUAGAUAAGCUAGGACUGUCUGCUCGGCUAGGCAUUGAUGUAGUGAUGAGACAGGUUUUAUUUGGAGCAGGAAGCUAUCAUCUGGUGAGCGCCAGCUUUGAACCUUUGCCUGAUUAUUGGCUCUCUCUGGUAUACAAGAAACUGGUGGGCACUAAAGUCCUGCAUGUGGACAUUACUGGCGAAGAUCCGAGGAAGCUUCGAGUGUAUCUUCACUGCACCAACGAGCAUCACCCAAAAUACAGAGAUGGAGAUGUGACGUUAUUUGCCUUAAACCUCAACAACCGCACCAAACGCUUGCUGUUACCCACUUACUUCGCCAACAAGCAGAUUGAUGAAUAUCUUCUACUACCUCAUGGAAACAGUCUACUUUCCACAUCUAUUCGGCUGAACGGCCGUCUCCUAAAACUGGUGGGUGACGAAACUUUGCCAUCUCUCAUCGAGAAGCCUCUCAGUCCAGGGAGCAGACUUGGGCUCCCGGCUUUUUCGUAUGGAUUUUACGUCAUAAGAAAUGCCAAAGUCAGGGCUUGCAUUUAGCAAGACUAGUUGGAAGGCCAUAGCCUUGUCAGACUUUCAACGUUUCCAAAUAUUUUGAUACCAAGGAAGAAAGUGUGUCAAAAGAAAAGGGCAUUAUCUGGAGCUUGCUGUUUAAAAGUUUUUUUUCUACCUUAAAAAAAUCCUUUCUGCAAGAAUUACUCAAGCACUUUGUUUCAACCACGGUUGUGCCAAAAAUGGAUUUAUUCCACUUACUCCUCCUACUGAACCAUGAAACAUAUGGGAGGGAACGGUCCCUUUCUCUCUGCCUGACCUACCUCACAGGGUUGUUGUGGGGAUAAAAUGGGAAAGGGAAGACUGGAUGCCUUGGGUUUGCUAGAGGAAAAGUGAGAUAUAAGUCUGGCAAAUAAUCAAGAGAUGUCUAGCAGUGUAAUGCUGAGUGUAAGUAGGCAAGCAGAUAAAGCAUCAAGUCAAAGACAUUUAAAGGCAACAAAGUGUGACCACAUGACCUUAAGGCACAAGGGAUAUUGCAAAAAGCCUAUUUAUGUAAGAGGUUCCUUCUGCUUUCUUAUAAAGCUAGGAAGACAGAGCUCAACAUAGCUGCUCAGUUGGUCUCAGGGUAUUAAUGAGGAAGUAGAUUUCAUUUCAUAGCCUCUUCCAGAAAUGGGCUUUCUCCAGCAAAUGCGGCUUUUUGCUGCCACCUCUGGCACAUUCACGUGGCUGCAUGCAAAAUAGGCAGUGUUUCUUCCACUCUCUAAGCUGGGAAAUUGCAUGUUUGCCAUACAGGAGGGCCAGGGAACACUUAUGUCUAAGUGUGCAUCUACACUGUAGACUUGAUGCAGUUCGACAGCACUUUAACUAACAGAACUCAGUACUAUGAAAUCACAGGAGCUGCAGUUUGACAAGACCUUGAACCUUUUUAAAACAAAGAGUGCUGGUGCAUUACACGUUACAUAUUCCAUGAUUCCAUAGCACUGAGCCAAAGCAGUUAAAGUGAUGUCAAAAUGCAUUAAUUCUACAGUGUAGGUGCAUCCUAAAACACUGUUCAGUGCAAAAUGACUUUCCUCAACCUAUGCUCUUCUCCUAAUGUAUGGGAGUACAUAUCCCACCAUCCCCAAACCAGAGGCUGCCUGGGACGAUGGAGACUGCAGUUAACACAUCAGAGGCCAUCACACUGGAGAAGGCAAAAUGGACUAGAGGGCUGAUUCACUAUUAAGGCAGUUUUGGAGGUUCCUAGAUUUUGGUUCCAAACCUGCUAAAAGGCAGUCUCAUAAAAUCCUUAUUUUUACUAUGCUUUGAUGUGUGUUGUUAUACAAUUGGGGGGGGGGGGGGGGUGUAUUUGCAUAUGUCAAAAUAAACUGUUUUAU